AUGUCUGUAGCUGAUUAUGAAGUUAAGUUUAUAGCUUUAUCGAGGUUUGCACCUAAGUUUGUACAGAAUGCAGAAGAUAAAUGUACAAAAUUCCAGGAUGGUUUGGGGGCGGCUAUUAAGUCCAGAGUUUUCAUGUUUGAGGAAAUAGAUUACAAUAGACUUGUGAAUAAAGCCAUGAUUGCCGAAAGGGAUGUGAAAGAAUUGCAAGAAAAAAGGGAACAAUACAAAAGAAAUAGAUCUGAGCCAUCACAAUCAAGAGAAGGUGAAGGAAUUUCAAGUCAGAAAAGUCAAAGGUCGCGGUAUGGAAGGGGAAAGGGUAGUGAAUCUCAAGGGCAGACAUCAGGUAGUUUUGGAGGACAUGGUACUGGCAAGGGGUGUUUUCAGUGUGGAAAGGAAGGCCAUCAGAAGAAGGAUUGUCUUGUGUUGAAAGCAGAAGAGUGCUAUCAUUGCCAUCAGCCGAGUCAUCGAAAGAGAGAUUGUCCUAUGUUGACAGGAGUGACCUCAGUAGCUAGUGUUGCUGGUUCCGGUAAAGGUUUUGUGCAGGGGAGCUCGUCAAGAGGAGGUAGGGGUGCUACCAGUGGUUCACAAGCCCAGGGAAGAGUGUUUGCUAUGACACUUCAGGAUGCUCAAGCAACACCAGAAGUGGUGACAGGUACACUUUCUAUUUUGGAUAGAAAUGUUACUGUGCUUAUUGAUCCUGGCUCAACCCAUUCAUUUGUUGCAUCAUCUAUUGCUAUGCAUUUGGGUAGACCACUUUCAUCAUUAGAUAGUAAAUUGUUUAUUUCUACACCAAUGGGGGAAGUGGUAGUGGUUGCAAAUGAAUAUCGGGAUUGUGUAUUGCAAAUGGGAGAUAGAUAG